GCGGGUCAAGGGACCGCGAGUGCGCGCGUGAGGGAAAAGGAGCUCAUGAACCCGGCCCGGAGGGCGCGAGCGCGCGUGGCCGGAGCAUGAACGGUCGUCGAGUGUGAGGCCUCGGGCCGGGACCCGGUUCCCCUCCUCCGUGGGGAACCGGGGGCAAGCGAUGGUGCGGGGCAGCCGGCGGGAUGGAAGCUACGACGCUGCCGCCGAGACGCGGCUCGUCGGCCGCCACGGUUCCCGCCUGUUGUCGCUGCUGCUGCUGCUGCUGUUCCCUCCCGCGAGCUCCGAAAGCCAGAAGGGCCCGCUUCAGGCAUCCCUUGGAGCCACGGGACCGGGCCUCAGUGUUUAUAUGAGUCAAGAAGAGGUCCUGCGCCUUAUCGGUAUUGAUGCAGAACUUUAUUAUGUGAGGAAUGACCUUAUCAAUCACUUCGCUUUGUCAUUUAAUCUACAAGUACCAGUAGAGACAAACAGCCUUCAUUUCACUUGGCAUGCGAAGUCUAAGAUUGAAUAUAAACUGGGAUUUCAAGUAGAUAAUCUGUUGGCUAUGGAUAUGCCACAGGUAAAUAUUUCUGAACAAGGAGAAGUUCCUCGAACUUUAUCAGUGUUUCGGAUGGAACUGUCUUGUACUGGCAAGUUAGACUUUGAUGUUACAGUACUAAUGCAACUCAACACAACAGUUAAUACUUCUAAAAAUAUCACAGUAUUAAAUUUCAAAAGGAGGAAAAUGUGUCAUAAAAAACUUGAUUUAGAAGUAAAGCUGCCAAUAUCAGACAAAAAUAAUACUAAAGCCAUUUUUGAUCCUGUAAAUGCAGCUCCCACCACUUCGACACGUGUGUUUUAUAUCAGUGUAGGAGUUUGCUGUGCGGUCAUAUUCCUGGUAGCAAUAAUACUAGCUGUUUUGCAUCUUCACAGUAUGAAAAGAAUAGAAUUAGAAGACAGGUAAAAGGGUCUUACAUUUUCUUUCAGUUUUCAUAUGAGAAGAUUAUAACAGAGGGGAUUAUUUGUUAUGAAAAAAUACCCAAUAUGUUUGGAUAGAGCUGACAAUUGUUUAAUUUUCCUAAUAUUCUAACAUGAAGCACGGAAACUUUAGUUACUUUAAGUAAUGAUUGCACAUUAAAGAAAAUAUUUUCUGAUGCAACCAAAUAGCACCUGAACCAUGAUUUAAAAUACAUUGUACUUCUGAAAUCAUUGUAUUCAUGUAGUCAUCUGAUACUUAUAUAGUUAUUUUAAUGUACUAUUAAUUUCAUGCUAAAAUAUAAACUAUUCAAAGACGUGCAGUGAGCUUCAUGGCCGGUAAGGCAAGCGCAAAAGCCCUGCUGAAGCCCUGACACCACGUCCGCCAUAGAGCGGGACCGGGACCCACUCUAUGGCAGACGCGGUGCUGGGACUUUAAAGCCCUGCCGCCGGGGCUUUAAAGUGGCGGCAGGGCCCCGGCGGCAUCCGCCAUAGAGUGGGACCGGGUCGGGAGAUUAAAGUCCUGCCGCCGGGGCCCUGAAGUGAAGGCCCGCUCAUCUCGCCAGCCGGCGCGCACACGCUCUGUGAGGGAGAAGAGGGUGAGCGCUCAGGUCCUCCCUGGGGAGCGGCUGCGGCGGCUCCUGCGGUCCCCUUGCUGAGGAAGUGCUCAUUCGGCGGCGGUCAUGGCGGCAGCUCUUGGCACCCGUUGGCCGAGCGAGAGGGGCAGGAAGUUUGGGAAGUGUGACCUCUUCCCUAGCAUGGCCCUCAAGCUGCACGGGGCAAGGGCAGGGAGGAGGGUAGGUGGGUGACUACCACUCUGGGCUCUCCUCCCCCCUCACUCACUCACACACUCACUCACUCCCUCACACACACACAUACUGAGCGCAUCCAAAAAACCUCUGGCUGCCCUCAGUCAUACCAGUUUCUUGCUUUCGCACUCUAUGCAGGCAGGCAGGCAGGCAGCCCCUCCCUCCCUCCCUGCCCCUCGCGGUUCACCUGGUCAAGAUCAAGGUCUAUCUCCAAGCACCGGUCUAUAAAGCAGACAUCUUGGUGCCAGCGAUUUGUCCAAGGUGGAGGGUUGAAAGGAGAGAGCGAAAGAGAGAGAAGGGAGAAAAACUCAGCCACAGGCAACUCUUGGAGGUUAACUCUGCCUUAUCUUGGACCCAAACAAGGACGCCGCCCGUCGCGCCUUAUGGGCUUUGAAAGACUCACCCUUUUACGGAGUCCUUGACUUCAACCCCCCGAAAGUUUCUACUACAGGCAGCCACGCCGUCUGAGUGCCUACAGAGGGCCACCCGCAACUUGACACGGGCCUGAGGGCCAAAAAGGCAGCACGCCGUUCCCUCCAGCCAGCGCUCCGCUUACCUUCUGCUCGGGCGGUGGGGAGGACGCUGCGUUUUCAGCCCCAAGAGUCUCUUUCCCCUUCUGCCCCAUCCGGGGUGGUAGAAUCCCAAACCCAGCCAGCUGAGUCAAAGCCCACCGCAAUCACGGCUGUUACUCUGAAGCCUUCAAGAGUGCCGGCUCCUUUGCAAAAAAAUAAACCGAGCUGCGGGAGGGAAGGCGGUUCCUCGAGCCUGAAGUUUGCUCGAAGAACUGACUCCUCCCGGACCCGGCUCUCGUGUGGUCUCUUCUGACAAGAGCGGAAUAACC